ACUUCAUUGGCUUGCGGCGCCGCCACUCGGAGAGACGUGCCUCAACCCGGAAGUGUGAGAGGCAAAAUCUGCCUAGCAACCGGGGAAGCCGGGCUGUGAAGCGGGCAAUUUCAGUGUGAGAAGGAGCGGUGAGACCGAGCGGCGGCUCCGAGCGCGCCGCGGCAGCUCCUUCCGCCCGGGGUCAGCGCCCCGGCGCGCGCACGCGCACCCUCGCUGCCUGAGCGCGCCCCGCGCCGCCCGCGCAGUCGGUCCGUCGGUCGUCCGUCGUCCUGUCGCCGCCGCCGCCUCAGGCGCCACCCGCGGGAGCCGUCGCCGUGGGACGAGACCAGACCGGACCCGAGCGCUCUGCCUGAGGCUGGCCCGGGGCCCAGCUGCGGAUCGCGCGGAGCUGAGCAACUUCGAAUGAGUGAAGAAGCAUGCCGAACCCGCAGUCAGAAGCGAGCCUUUGAACCUGACCUAACGGAGGAUGAUGUGGAGAGCAAGAAAAUGAAAAUGGAGAGAGGACCAUCAGAACUGCCGGUGGAUGGAGACAGCAGGGUGAUGCCAGAGCCCAGUGCAGGCCCAGCCCAUGGGUUGCUGAGGACAACAGAGGCCAUGGGCACAGGAUCUGGCGAAGGGCUGUUAGGAGACGGGCCUGUGGACAUGCGUACCUCACACAGUGACAUGAAGUCUGAGAAGAGACCUCCCUCGCCUGAUGUGAUUGUGCUCUCUGACAGCGAGCAGCCAUCAAGCCCAAGGGUGAAUGGCCUGACCACAGUGGCCUUGAAAGACACCAGCACUGAGGCGCUCUUGAAAAGCAGCCCAGAAGAGCGAGAACGGAUGAUCAAGCAGCUGAAGGAGGAAUUGAGGCUAGAGGAAGCAAAGCUGGUCUUGUUGAAGAAGCUGCGACAGAGUCAAAUACAGAAGGAAGCCACUGCCCAGAAGCCUACAGCUUCCUCAGGGAGCACUGUGACCACCCCUCCCCCACUCGUGCGGGGUCCCCAGAACAUUCCUGCUGGCAAGCCAUCACUCCAGACCUCCUCCACUCGGAUACCCGGCAGCAUCAUCCCACCACCACUGGUCCGCGGUGGGCAGCAGGUGUCUGCCAAACUGGGACCACAGGCCAGCUCUCAAGUAGUCAUGCCACCACUUGUCAGGGGAGCCCAGGUGAGUCAGCAGAUUCACAACAUCAGACAGCAUUCCUCCACGGGGCCACCACCCCUCCUCCUGGCCCCCCGUGCCUCAGUGCCCAGCAUGCAGAUUCAGGGACAGAGGAUCAUCCAGCAGGGACUCAUCCGGGUCGCCAAUGUCCCCAACACCAGUCUGCUCGUCAAUAUCCCUCAGCCUACGGCAGCCUCACUGAAGGGGACAACAGUUGGCUCUGCUCAGGCAAACUCUACUCCCAGCAGUGUGGCUUCUGUGGUUGCCUCUGCUGAGUCCCCAGCUAGCCGGCAGGCUGCUGCCAAGCUAGCGCUGCGCAAGCAGUUGGAGAAGACACUGCUGGAGAUCCCCCCACCCAAGCCCCCUGCUCCGGAGAUGAACUUCUUGCCCAGUGCUGCCAACAAUGAAUUCAUCUAUCUGGUCGGCUUGGAGGAAGUGGUGCAGAACCUGCUGGAGACGCAAGCGGGCAGGAUUUCUGCCACCUCAGCUGCUGCCGUGUUAUCCCGGGAGCCUUACAUGUGUGUGCAGUGUAAGACAGACUUCACAUGCCGCUGGCGAGAGAAGGGUGGAGCUGUCAUGUGUGAGAACUGCAUGACAUCCAACCAAAAGAAGGCACUAAAAGUGGAGCACACCAGUCGCCUGAAGGCCGCCUUCGUGAAGGCGCUACAACAAGAGCAGGAGAUGGAGCAGCGACUGCUGCAGCAGGGCGUGGGCACCGCCAGCAUCAAGGCUGAGACUGCAGCUCCACAUCCCUCGCUGAAGCAGGUCAUAAAGCCCCGACGUAAGUUGGCGUUCCGCUCAGGAGAGGCCCGUGACUGGAAUAACGGGUCCGUACUACAGACUUCCAGCCAGCUGUCCCGGGGUUCAGCCACAACACCUCGUGGUGUUCUACACACUUUCAGCCAGUCACCCAAACUGCAGAACGCAGCCUCAGCUACGGCCCUGGUAAGCAGGACUGGCAGACAUUCCGAGAGAGUCGUGGGCACCAGCAAGGGCACCGCCUCCAACUGGAAAAAGACACCUCUGAGCACAGGUGGGACCCUUGCCUUCGUCAGCCCAAGCUUGGCAGUGCACAAGAGCUCCUCGGCCGUGGACCGACAGCGAGAAUACCUCCUGGACAUGAUUCCUCCACGCUCCAUCCCCCAAUCAGCCACAUGGAAAUAGUGGGAGCCGGCCCAGCCGAGGACAGGCCCUCUGCUCUCCCGAGGCCCUUGGUCUAGGACACGCAGACUACCCUCCUAGCAAGUUGCCUGAGACAGCUCAGGCCUUGGCUCUUGCCUUGUUGUGGCCAGGAGAGUGCCACCAUGGUGCCCAGGAUCAGAACCAGGGACCUUCCCUAUGGGCCUUCUCCUUCCUUUUUGCCUUUAGUUUGCCCGACACCAGCAGAAACUCGGACCUUGGGGCCAGCUCUGCCUGGCCAGCGUGGGUGGGAGCUCACCCUGGACACUGUGACACACCCGGGCCAGACUGGCACCGGGGGCUCCCGAAGUUGAGCCGGGAUUUCGUUUUCUUUUGGCUUUUCCCAUCUUAGCUCCCCAGUCUCUGCCUCUUCAUGGCCAUCUAUAGGUUGAAGUUUGGGUUUUAUUGGGUUUUUUGUUUUUGUUUUUUUUUAUAAUCACCUCAUAAUGAUGAUGGAAUUAAAGUGAACUGCAUAGACCCAGGGUCAUGGUUGUGCACAGUGCAGUCUGGCAGGCUCUACCCCAGAGGAUGCUCAGAGUGGCAGCAGCAGAGAUGGCAGGUGCCACCCUGGCUCUGGUCGUGUCUGUUGCUGCUCACUGCAGUCCCUGGCUUCCACACUUAGCAGAAUGAACCGCAGCCCAGAUCUGUCUGACAUCCAGAGGCUCCAGAGGGAUGCUGGGGUCCGCCAUGCUGGAGUCAGAGCUGACUGCUGGCUGGGAGGCUGCUGGGUUACUUUUCGUGGUUUAUUUUAUUAAAAAUUUCUAUCCUUUUUCUCUUCAUUUUGAUGGACACAAUCUCAAGAUGCCCAUGCCUGCCAAGAGGCAUCCAAGUAGGGCCCAGCCAGAACCCUUAGGUCUGGAGUCAGCAGGGCUUACUCCCUCUUAGUCCACAGGGAUGUCUGAAAGGGCUGAGUCUACUUUUGUUCUGUUUUGUUUCCUUCUCCCUCCACUCUUAACAAUGGGUUCCAUGGUGAAAGGCAGAAGCAGCUCUGUGUCCAGCACGCACGGUGCGGCCUUCUGCUCAUGUGAUUGGUCGCCGUCGUUUCCCCAUCCAGCCCUGGUUUCCCUUGACACAAUACAGUUAGGGACUUUAAUUUAAACCCUUGUUCUGCAGACCAUCGCCCUCUGCAGACAUGCCCCUGCCUCCUCCUAAUAAAGGCUCAUUUAACUCCGUGAUCACUUGUGUGGAAAUCCUCCAUCUUUAGAAAUCAUUUGGACAUGUGGGCGUUCUGAGUUUUUGGAAGACCCUUUUGUUGUGUGAUACCCAAGUUGCUCAGUACUUUUGAAGUGUGUCACUUCCCAGGGUGGAUUUGGGGGAAUUAACAGAAGUUGACUUUUUAAGGGGGGUUGUUUUUACACCAAAAAAAAUAUGAAAAUAUAUGCAAGCAUUUCUUCAAUCCUUGAGUAUUUUUGUGCCUGGCAAGUUAGUUCCUGUUAUCUACACUUCCUGAGUGGCUGAGCCUCUGGUCAGCAAUUUAGGCUAAAGCCUUCUGGCUCCGUGGAACAGCAACACUGGGUGGCUUCCCUCAGCCAGAAGUCCUCAUCCCUGUGCAGUCACUGAUGAGACCAAGUCACCUAGAACUGGAUGCAGACCUUCCCUUGAGUUGAUGGUCUGACUGAGAGCUCUAUUGUCCUGGUGCAUUUGUGACCUCCCUACCCCUCAGUUUCCCAAGUCUAAUGACUUCUGCCAAUCACGACAUCCACCUGUCAUCUAACGUUCGUGGGUCAAGUUUAUGCACCUCACAAAGAACAGACCUCUGUCUGUGGGUCACACUAAACAGGAUGACAGGCUGUGGUGAAGGUCUCUGAGGAGGGCUGGAGUGAGGUGCCUUAGCUUACUUGAAAGUGCUGCCCAUUCCUCUGUGCCACACUGGCCUAAGCAGCAAGCCCUCAAGAUGAUCAGUCUGGGGACUGGGCCGGGAGGACCAGGUAUUUAGGGUAGAAAGCUGCCACCCCCACUGAAACUGGCUGUAGUCCCUACCCUGAGUGGUCUGUGUCCUGGGCUUCUUGAAACUCCCUAGAGGUAGACUGGCCUCUGCUUCCCGAGUGCUGGGAUUAAUGGCUUGCACCUCCAUACCUGGCUUGUAACUUUCCUGUCUAUCCCUGGGGAGGUGAAGAUGGAGGUGAUGGUUCCUACUUCAUCGAUUUCCCAAAGGCAAUCACAAAUAUCAGUGGCUCUCGUCAGCAAGGUCACAGGCAACCCCAUUUCCUCCACUCAUUUCGGGGACAGGUUUGAAGGAGCCAAGCGUAAGACACACCUGUGUCUGUUUAACCACCCCUAGGUGCUUGGUGUCCAGAACGUGGAAACAUCAGGAACCAGGCUUUUGCCAGAUGUGUGACCUAGGGUUGUUGGGAUGUUGGUCUUAUGGGCAGACUCCCGACCUAACUUCCCCUCCUCCCCACCACCUCAGGGAAAGCAGAAGCUUGCCCUAGGCAGUAAUAAGGGUUUUAAGUACUGGCUGUAACACACCUCUAUGCUACAGUCUCACAGCCUGAGUGCUGUUUAGGGGAUGGGUGGUCCUCAUCAUUCUGAAUGAUGUCAGCCUGAAGACCUUGGACUGUUUCCAAAAGGUGGUCAGUUUUAUAAUCCUCAGUGUUUAACAGUUACACUAGUACAAGGUAUGGGGGUUGGGGCAGUUGCUACUUGUAUUUAUUGUGACUGAACCUAUGACAAUACAUGUUUUUAAAGUGUGCCACCACAACUGGAAUAGAUGUUCCAAUAAUGAGCUGAAAUUGGUAGCCACCAUGUCAUGGGGAAGUCGGAAACCUGAAGGACAAUAAAGAAAUGGACCAAA